CUUAUUCCAUGUUAGCAGCUAAAAAAGAAAGAGUUGAAGUAAUCUCAUCAAGGGUGGAUGGAAUGAGAGUGAGAGGGAGAGGGAGAGGGAGAGAGAUCGAUGGAGAGAAAUGAUGAUCAAGUACUUCCCAAACAUCAAGAAACCUCAUCAUCUCUCCUCUCUCAAAACCCUAAACUCGAAAUCCCCUCAGCCUCAGACUUUCCUAGAAAUCAUCAUGACAGGCUGAAGAGGGAUGAGUGGAGUGAAGGCGCGGUUUCCAGCCUGCUCGAAGCUUACGAGGCUAAAUGGACCCUCAGAAACCGGGCCAAGCUCAAGGGCCAGGACUGGGAGGAUGUGGCCAAGCAUGUUUCGGGUCGGGCCAACGGCUCCAAGUCCGCCAAGACCCAGACCCAGUGCAAGAACAAGAUUGAGUCCAUGAAGAAGAGGUACCGGUCGGAGUCUGCCGCCGGUGAUCCCUCCUCUUGGCCGCUUUAUCCUCGCCUUGAUCUUCUUCUUCGUGGGAAUGGUACUGGCCCAGCUGCAGCUUCGGCUUCUGCUGCCAAUCCUCCUCCUCCUCCUGUGGUGACGGUGGAGUUGCCAUCAUCAGCACCGCCACCUCCGGCGCCGGCGGUCUUGGAGCAGGGGAGCGUCGGGCAGGACUCGCAUGGUACGAGUGGUGGUGAUCGGCUGGUUAAGGAAGAUGGCUGCAAUCACGCCGGCGCCAAACUAAGCAAUGUUCAAGAAUCUGAAAAGAAUCCGAUUGACGACACAGACAGUACUACUCCAGCAAUUUACGCCGAGAAGGAAAAUCCCAGCAGAAAACCCUGUUUGAAGGCUGAGCGGAAGGGAAAGGCAAUGAAGAAGCGGAAGACUAGGGAAGAGUAUUGGGAGAUAGGGGACAGCAUUCGAUGGCUGGCGGAAGUGGUGGCGAGGUCGGAGCAGGCACGAAUGGAGACGAUGAGGGAGAUCGAGAGAAUGAGGGCUGAAGCUGAAGCCAAGAGAGGGGAAAUGGACCUCAAGCGGACGGAGAUCAUUGCUAGUACUCAACUCGAGAUAGCUAAGCUAUUUGCGAGAGGAUCAGUUGAUUCUUCUUUCAAGAUUGGGAGAAGUUGACAUGACAUGAUCCUUACUGUUUUUCUUUUUUACGUGUAUUGAUAGCGUUUAUGUAGUAGAAAAAUGAAGGGUUAAUUGUUAGUAUAGGUAGUUGUAAUAGGAGAUCAUAUAUAUGUGCAUUUGAGUAUGCAGUAAGUUUGUCUUAGUGUGGGAUUGAGAUUAAAAAUAACUCGACUUAGAUUUCAUUAUAAAAUAAUUCGACUCAAAUGGUUGAGCCAUCA